AUGGCUGCAUCUAUUGCUCCGGAGUGCAAUGACAUCAAAGAGAGAUACGAUACUUGUUUCUUGAAGUGGUACAGUGAAAAGUACCUGCGAGGCAACACGAGUUCAAAUGACUGCGAGGAGCUUUUCCAGAAAUAUAAGAAAUGUCUAAAUAAAUCCCUGAAAGAAAAGGGCAUUGAUACGAUGCUGGAUGAUGCUCGGAAGAGCAGUACUGAUACGGAUGCCGAGUUUCUCAGGAAAUCAUGA